AGCACAUGAUUGAUGCCAGCUUAUGAGAGUCUACACUAUGUGCACACAUGUACAUACCGACAUUACAAUCACAUAAAAUAAUAUAUGUAGGUUCAUUUAUAUUCUCUAUUGUUCCUUCAGUUACCGAUCAUCACAGUAGCAUCAUGUUGUUGUCUCGGUCUCGACCCGCAGUGGCGUCCACGAGUGAAACUUCUGGAGGAAGCAGCAAUGAAGGGAAACUUCCCAAGUUGGGAGAGUUCUUGGACAAGAAGGAUUUUUUGGGAGCUCUGACGCUACUUGAGUUUCAACGAUCCUCCAGCCAAGCGUCGGACGCGAAGGGGCUGGCCUCCCUCGUCGCCUAUUGUUGCUUCCACCUGGGCGACUACAAGCGAGCCUUGGAAGAGUACCAAAGUUUGUUGAAGGAGCCGAAGAAGGGGCUGGACGACCCCACGCUGUGGCUCAACAUUGCCUGCUGCCUCUUUUCCAUGGGGAUGUACGUGGAAGCGAACGAGGCGGCGGUGAAGGGGACGCCCUCCCCCCUCAAAAAUAGGCUGUCCUUCCAUCUCGCCCACAAGCUGGGCAACGAGGACGCCGUCAUUGCGAAUCACGCCAAGUUGGAGGAAUUGUUGGAAAACCAACUCUCUCUCGCAUCCAUGCACUACUUGCGACAAGACUACCAAAACUCGAUCGACAUUUACAAAAGAAUACUUCUCGAUAACAGCUUUGCCAAACUUGACAACGAUGCAACUGGGGUGACAUCGCAUUUGGUGGAUCUAAUCGUGUCCACGUCUUCCGCAGAGGAAGUCCAUUUUGUUCAAGCGCUUCUCCAAAUCCCGAGAGAGUACAUCGCCCUGAACGUGUACGUCGCUUUGUGUUACCACCGACUCGAGUACUUUGACGUGUCUCAGGAAGUCUUGGCCGUCUACUUGCAAGCGUUUCCGGGCUCUGCGAUCGCCCUCAAUUUGCGAGCAUGCAACACGUUUCGUCUCUACACGGGGGCAGCGGCUGAAAAGGACUUGAAACCUCUCCUCAACUUAAUGAACCAAGAAGACCAAACCAAGAACGGGAUGUUCUCCAGUGCCUAUGACUUAAUUCGUCACAAUCUCGUCGUGUUUCGAGGUGGGCAAGGUGCCCUGCAGAUCCUGCCCAAAUUGGUGGACGUCAUCCCAGAAGCUCGCUUCAAUCUCAUCAUUUACUACUUGCAACAGGACGACGUGACCAAUGCAUCCACGCUGAUCAAAGGAACCAAAAUAAAGGGAACUCCGGAAAAAAUCCUCUACGCCAUCGUCAACCUCUUGCUCAGCUAUGAGACUGGAAACAGAGAAUACUUGCAAACUGCUCAGAGUACGUUCAACCAAGUGGGGUCGAGUGAGAAUGAGCAUGAUUCCGUGUUCGGUCGCCUCUGCAUGGCUUCCGCACACUUCCUCUCCAGGAACUUUGACCACGCCUCCCUCUACAUGAACUCUGUCCGCCAACACUACUACAACGACGACACCUUUAACUUCAACUAUGCUCAAGCGAAGGGGAUGCUGAAUCAGUACCAAGAAGUUGAGGAAUUGCUGACCAUGAUUCAGAGUGAAAAGAUUCGCAACGACUUCACCUACAUGCAGUGGCUGGCUCGAGCGUACAUAAUGAACAAGAAGCCACGACUUGCUUGGGAGUUGCACGAAAGGAUGGAAACCUCGCCGGAAUCUUUUCGUCUUUUACAAUUGAUCGCCAACGAGUGCUACAGAUUGGGACAGUUUUACUACGCAGCGAAAGCAUUUGAUUUGCUGGAGAGGUACGAGCCCUCGACGGAACAUUGGGAAGGGAAGAGGGGAGCCAUUAUUGGAGUCUUUCAACUCAUCAUUGCAGGACAUGAACCAAAAGAAUCCCUGCAUGACAUCAUCGCCCUGUUGAGAAACUCGUCCAAGCCGAAUGCGGAAAAAAUCCUGGGCGUCAUUAAGAAAUGGGCGAAAGAGAACAGGAUAAAUCUUUAAAGUUUAAAGCCGCUAUACAUCUAUAAGUUAUCAAUGAUACGUUUGCAUUGCUGUUAAAAGUGAUCACAAUUAUGUAAACGUAAAAUAAAUGUGUACAUAUUUAUUUUCCUUUUA